AAAAUUCCCAGCGAGCUUAUUACUUGAAGGCGCGGUCGCGACACACCAGCGCAGGCACGUCGACUUGACUGGACUUCAAACGGCGGGCAUCCCCUCGUUCUCAGCCUUCACCCGUCAACCCGCAAGGCCUCACGAUGUCUUCGCAAACAAAAUGGAAGGAGGAGCAGGUUCUCGUCAUCUGUCCUGGCUCCUCCACAACAAUGGCCCAGCUCGGCUGCAGCGAAUUGACGCCGCCCUCGCAGCGCUUCCCGACGCGCAUGUUUAAAGACGAGCAGACCGGGGCGUGGAGGCCGUAUCAUACCGUCAAGAGGAAGAAGGAAAACCUGCUGAACACUAAUGGAGGCGCGCAGGCAGGUCCUGUCGAUGGGGCCAAGGCUGAGGAGGAGUAUGAGUUCGUCGAGGACCCCGACUCCAGCGAAGGCGCCGUAUACCCCAUCCGAGGCGGCCGCAUCGUGCAUAUGGAGGCCUUUCUCGCGUUCCUAGACCAUGUCCACAGCAUGCUGACGACGACGUACCACAACACCCCGAUCACGCUCAUGGCGUCGCCACAGUGGACACGGCCUGACUGCGAAGCCAUUGCGCGCUACGUGUUUGAAAAGACCAAGACUCCGGCACUCUGCCUUAUCCACAGCGGCGUCGCGACACAAUACGGGCUUCGGUGGCCCACCAUGACCGUCGUCGACAUUGGCUUCCAGAAGGUUGACGUGACCUGUAUAUAUGACAACAGGAUCGUGAACCACAAGGACUUGGGCUUGACGACCCCGGAAAGCGAGAAGGAGGCGGCCAUCUCCGGGGGCGAGGCGUUCACUCUGAAGCUCAAGAAACUGCUCGAGGGCCAGGGCUUCACCUAUGAGAUGGCGGAGCAGCUGAAGAAGAGCCAGAUCUGCGAGGUUCUGCCGUACGCGGCGGAUCAACCUGGGCUGAUGGAGCUGCCCUCGGCGAGUGGCAGUAGCCAGCAGUCGGCAGCGGCACCAACGGGUCAGCCUGCGGCGCAAGCGGCAGCUGGCACAACAAGCGACUUGUCGGUGGGUGCGGAGGCUGACGACGGGGUCACUGUGGACGACAAGGGUCCCGAUAAUGACGGUGUCCUUGACAUCGCAAACAUCGUCACGAGCGGCCAGACCAAAGAAUUCCUGGCGAAGAAGGAGAGGGAGAAGCAGGAGAGGGCAAAGGCAGGGAAGAAAGGUAAAGGCCCAGAUGCCGUGGACGCAAACAAGCCAUCGCGGUUGCCGAACUCGAAGAGGUUGAAGAAUGUGUUCCAUUACGAAGAAAUCGUUCACGAGGAGCCAGCACCGGCACCAGCCAAGGCGGUCGAUCAAGAGAAGGAGAAGGAGAAGGAAAAGGAGGAUGUUGCGCCGCCCGCUAACGGCGAGGGGCCAAAGGUGGAAGCUCAGGCAGGGGAAGCAGAGAAACCAGCUGGGGAGCAACCAAGUGGUGAUGCCUUCAAGGUAGACAACUUCUUACCACCUCCGGACUCGACAUCCGCACCGGCCACGUCCUCAGAACCGCAGACGAAACGCAUCAAGAGAGAUAUCGAAAUCGGCCUGGAGAGAUUUACGUUUGCGGAUCGCGCCGAGAUCGACCGAAUCGCAACGACGAUUUACCGGGCCGUGCAGGAGAUUGGCGACAUGUACAUGCGACCGGGCUGCUGGGACAACAUCGUCUUCGUGGGCAACGGCAGCCGCAUCCGCGGGCUGAAAGACAACAUCCUGCAGACCCUGACACUGCGACACCUGAUCUCGCCCAGUAGCGCGACCAUGUUCACGUCGGAGCUUCCUUCUAACGUGGCGACGCCCGCCGGGACCGGGUCGCAGACACCAACGGGCAGUUUCACCGGCCCACCGCACACAAUGCCCACGGGGGCCUCGUCGGGCGUCAACCCGCUGCUGCAGGCGGCCACGACGGCGGCAUCGCUUCAGCAGACGCCGCACCCUGGCGUGUCCACGCCUGGCGGGGCGCCAGGGUCCACGUCGGGCGAGGCUUCGGCGCCGCACAUGUCCCACCAUUUCCACAGCCAAACGCCGACGUCGAUCAAGCUGGCGACAAUGCCGACCUACCUGGCCGAGUGGACGAAGCACGGCUUCGAGGAGGCCAUGUUCCUGGGCUCCCUGGUAGCCGCCCGCUUGGUGUUCUGUGUACACAACCUGGAUGCACAAGGCCUAGAGGCCCAGAGAUCCAUGAGCCUGCACCGGGUCGAUUUCAAUGAACUUGGACCAAAGGCCAUCCGGACACAUUCCAUGCUGGGAUGAUAUACUCGUUUUUGACAAGCAGAAAGAGCAUAAUUAAUUUGCAGGAGGGGAUGAGACUGUGCCUAGGGAUGAACGACUGCUGGGAGUUGUUGCUUAUUUGUGUUUCAGGGGCCUGGCCUGGAGUUUAGAGGCGAUGACUGGGACGCUCAGAGUAGGUAUGAACAGGACAGCGAAAAGAGAAAAGCCGAGGAUGCCUAUAUAGUUGGCUACUACUUGGGAGGUGGGCAUUCCGCCCCGGAGCAGAGAGCAAGCAUCAUGCAGAGCUCGCGAGCCUGGGGCGUGUUUGAUUAUAGGCAGGUAUCACAAUAAAAGACUUGGUCUUGAUGAUGAA